AUGGCUCUUCUUCUAGCUCCUUUCACGCAUGCCAUGCGACUUGGCCAAGGUUUCAACUCGUACACCCAGCAGAUCUGUGUUGACGAUGCAGUUGUCGUCGAUGAUCAGAGACCCGAGAACGUGGUCACCAAUGAUGGUACUACGAUGCGAAUUAUGGCACAGAAGAAUGCCAUUCCAAGUGCCUGGACCAGACAGAAGGAGGUCAUUGAGGCCAAGCCCGCUACGGUGGUACUCGAAGAGAAUGCACGAAAAGCGAAAGCCGAGAUUGCUUUCAUUGAGAAAGCGCUCGCCGAGGAGGUUGAUGCUGCCGGUGAAGAACCCAGCGAAGGAGCCCAGGAUGAGGCUCAAUCUAAAUCUGAUGAUAAGGCUAUCGAGGACGAGCCAACUUCUGAUGAUCAGGACGCUGAGGUUGCUGAAGUUGAGGGCGAAUCAGCAUCUGUCGAUGAGGUCGUCGAUGCGAACGAGGCACGCGAGAAGGUUGGCAGCUCGUCAGCUACAAAGGAAGAGAGUAUGUCCAAGCAACCAGUAACGCAAACCUCGACGAGAUCGGGGACUGGGGCGGUACAGCAGCCCAAGGGUGACGACGACGAUGUUCCUGACACGGAAGAGCAAGUGAAAAAGCCCGCAGCUGCACCAAAGAAGUUGGUCAAGCGAGCAUCUUCGUCCGACCGAGGGCGUCAACAGUCUUCAAAGACUGCUGCCGUACCUCUUGACCGCGCUGCCAUCAGAGCCUCCUUGACCGGCAAGUCUAAGCCAGACGCUGCCCAGGCCGCGAAAGCAGCGGCCGACCAAGCCCGACGUGAAAAGGAGGAGGCCGAGAUACUCGCGGAGCAGCGCAAGUACCGGAAAGAAAUUAUGGUCCAGCAACGACAAGAUGAAGCCGAACGUCGCAAGGAAGAAAGAGAAGAGGCUCGCUCGAUUCGUGCCGAAAAGCGCGCCUGGGACACUAAGAGACGUGAAGAUGCCCGCAAGGCGAUCGAAAGUGCCGCCAACCUCAAGGCCACCAGCCUGGAUGAUCUGGAGAAGAUUCGGGCUCAGAACCAAUUCGUUGAACGCUUCAAUGGCAUGACGGAACAGACUCAGAAGUAUGACUUUGACCCAACUGCACCCCGUGGACCCAGUCAAACCGUCACCUACAGCUCUCGCUUCGUUGAUCGUCUUAGUGAUGUUCUCGACGACAUGAGCGUGUCUGGUUCCCUGUCCAUCAAAGCAGGAAAAGUCGGCGGCUCCGGUAAAGGUUCAUUUGUCGAUUCCGACAAGUUCAAGGAGAGCGACUUGAACUUCUAUAUUUCUGUGAAGGUUGUCAACCAGACCAUCAAUUUCAAGGACGCUCUGGUGUUUAACCCUCUUCGCUCCGUCGACGAGAACAACUUCCGGGAGGUCUAUGGCGAUUCGUUCAUUUCUGGAUUCAUCGAGGGCGGAGAGUUCAAUGCUAUUGUCAGCAUGAAGAUCCUUAACAAGGCCAAGAAGACCGACAUUCAGGCCGAAGCCAAAGUCGCUUUGACCGCUGGUGCUGUCCAGGUUAAGGCGGAGGCCAACGUGGGCAUUGCCCGUAGCAACAUUGAGACAAACACUGAGACCACCAUCCAAGUAUUCUGGUCCGGCGGCGGACACAUCAAGCCCAUGGAGCAGCAGUGGGACGUGCAGAGUCUCAUGGAGGCCGCAGCACGCUUUCCCGACCUCGUUGCCGACUGCCCGCAGCGUAUUUACGCCAUCCUGACAAAGUAUGACUCCUUGAGGAGCUUUGUUGCCAGGAAGCCGGCCUCCUACACUCCGCUCCAGUACGAGAAUGCGCAGAUCUACACCAACACGCUGCUCGAUGCCUUCGUCAGCUACAAGUCCUUGUACAAACGGCUCGGAGAGCAGAUCUUUGGCGUACAAGGCAAAACUCUCGAGGUAAUCCCGUGGAGCGACACCGAAAAACUCAAGGUCCUGCCCAAGUCGACGGCAGUGGCCAAGAUGGGAACCAAGAACCCAGAUACUGGUCUAUUCCCCUAUGUCGAGCUGGAUUCGAACUUCGAGGCGUCCGUCAAGGGCCUGAGCGACGCCCGCGCCGCCAUCCGCCGCCAGAUGGCCCGAAUUGUGAACGAGGUGGAUGCCAUCGAGAAAAACCCAAAGCUUGCCACGGAUGAGGACCACGAUGAGCCUUUCCAGUCGCCGUCGGCGUUCGAGGUUCGCGUCCCUCAAGUACAGGUACCGGAGAGAUUGCGCGUGAAGAGUCAUCCCUUGUCCGGCAGGAGAAUUGCGGCCAAGCAGCUCUCCGAGAGUGAGCAAAAGGAGCAGCUGGCCGAGGAAGAAAGAGUGGCAGAGGGUGAGCCACUUUUCCUGGCUACUGAUAAGCUCGAGGCGCUUGAGCAGGAGCAAUUCGAUGCCGCAGUCAACGAAAACCCUGGGCUCUGCGGAAAGUUUCGGGUUUCAAGCGCUGUUGGAGAUACCUUGAGCGGAGAUUGGUUCAACAAUCUCGACUUCGUCAAACAUGACUGGAAGAUACGUUCCAUUCGCACUGAAAUACACAACGGCGCUCUUGGAUACUUGGCAGUCGCCUACAACAACGGUCUUGUUGUUGAGAAAGGAAUGUCUCGCGAUAAGUCACGCAUCAAGAAGUUGGAUGGCUUCCUCCCCGGAGAGCGCAUCAAUGCAGCAGCGAUAGAGUAUGGUAAGGAGUUGAGCAAGGAUUCAAAGCCAGAACAAAUUCUUGGCCUUCGACUCCUCACUAACAGAGGCCGGUCACUGAAUGCGCGUUCCUUGAAGACUGUGCCUGGCGAGAACGGCACAGUGGUGAAGGACGACGUCACCUAUGAGAAAGUGCAGGUCCAUUAUUUGGAUGGACCUUAUAACCCAGGUACACUCAGAGGUUUCUUUGGAAGGAGUGACGAUAACUCCGGCAAGAUUCUGCGCUUGGGUCUUAUCUGGGGCCGCGUCCCUGAGACGACGGAAGAAGAAGCCCAAGGCCAGUUUGUCGAGACAGCCGACGCCAUCGACGGUGAGGACCUGGCAUUACUCCAAAAGGAGCAAAUUGCUCGCAACCAGACGCUGCAAGCGUUGCAGCAGAAGCUUGAUGAGGCGCAAAAGAAAGUGAAUGAGUUUGAGCAAAGUCGUGACCGCCAGGGCUUCGGAGGGGCGCAAUCCGGGGCCUUUUUCGCUGCCGACAAGGGAUGGCAACAAGGACAAAACAGUUCUUCAGUGGCUUUCGUCAAAUUUCCGCAAGCUUAUGCGUCGCCGCCAAAGCUGCUCUUUGGACUCAACAACUUCGAUGUCAAACGUGACAUGAACCGUGCCGUUUCUUUACUCUUUCCAGACAUUCGUGGGGAUGGAUUCAAUAUUCAAAUGAUGUCCUCCAAUGACUGUCUCGGAUACGGUCUCGGCUGCAGUUGGAUGACCCUUCCCAACGACCUUCACCUGGAGACAGGUAUGCUGCACACCUAUAACACAGGGCAGUCUUCUUUCAGAGAUUAUACUCGGCACGUCUUCUUCAGUCAGAGUUUCUCCACGCCCCCCAAGGUUCUCUGCUGGUUCCAGGAGUUCGGAGUCAACAAUAGGGAAUUUAUGUCCUUGCGGGUUUAUCCCUAUGCCAUAAACAACAACUCGUUCCACAUCAAGAUCGAUUCUUGGGCCAACAGAGAAUUCACCAACGCCCGUGUGCAGUUCUUGGCGUAUCCAAGCGAGGAGCAUGGCAAGAGGGUCAAGUCGGGCACGAGCGUCAUCACCCGCGAGCAGCCGAAACAGCAAAACAGAGCUCCCUUUCACGGCGAGCCCUUCAAGAACACACCAAGCACUUUUAUUGCAGUACACCACAUGGACUUUGGUUGUGACAAGAAUAACCGCUUCAUCAGCUCGAUCAAUGCUCCAAACAACAGAGAGCUUGAGUGGGGUUUGAACACCUGGGGCGACACGAAUAUGCAGCAAGCCGAAGCCACUUGGAUCGCAAUUGAAUGA